GGUUAGGUUUGCGUCAAAAAAUUAAUUAUAAAUUAAAAAAAAAUUUUGUAAACAAAACCUGAGAAUUGUGAACAACACAAACAAUAUUCCACAUAAUUAAGAGAAUAAGAGAGAAAAGAUAAAAAAAUGAGCGAGUUUCGGCUACAAAAUAUUGUCGUGACAAUAUUGAAUAACUUGGGGAGUAAACUUGAACCAGAGGAGGUAGUUGAAUUUUUACAAAAGAACAUGACUCAAAAUGCAACUUCUGGAUGUUCUGGUCUUCAGAUAGUCGAGCAAAGUCAGAUUCAAAACCUUAUUGAUAGAUUGUCACAAGCCGAACCAUUUUUAGCUAAGUAUAACGACCUAAAACAGAAGAAUGUAGACUCACUCAAUCUUUUUGUUCAGCUACUUAACAGCAUUUCUCAUAAUCCUGGAGUAAAAGAUAUGUUAGCCAGCAGUAAGAAAAAUCAAUUCCCUAGUUCAAAAACAAGUAUUACUAAGGAUAAUAUGCCACAGGUGAAACACAUCUUAAAAGAAAAAGCAAGAAAAUCACAAAUCAAUGAUAUUUCCACCCUAACAAGCAUUUUAAAUUUAUCUCCGCUGCCGAUUGCUUCCACACCAUCAGUAAUGUCAUGGGUUCAGAGAAAGCCUAAUAUGUCACUAGAUUUUUCUACAACUAGUUUUGCAAGUUGCAGUGUUGCGGUACCAGAAGUUUCCCAAGAAAGUAUUCUUAUUGAAGAUCUCCUGAAUGUGCUUAUAGGCCUCCCAGGUUGUUAUAUAGAGGCUGAGGAGUUGAAAGAUCCUUAUGGACCCAGGACUUUUAGAAUCAAUGAUAAUGUUCCACUGUCAUUACAAGAACUUGUAAAGCAAAUAUUGCCCUUAGCAAGUCACUACUCUAUGAUCCAGAGGUUUACAGAAGAAAAAAUGAGAUUUGAAUUUGGACAAGUUAAUAAUGCUUUGGCAGAAGCCAUGCAGUCACUUAUUAAGGAGCAUAUGUUAUUUGUAGUCCAAUUAGAAACUGAGGCAAGGAUUGGCAGUUUGAGCUUGCAAAGGUUAUGGUUUUUUACUCAAAGAAAUAUGCAAUGUUUAGGUAUUGCUGCUGAUAUAGCUUUUUCAAUAAGUAAAUCUGAUGCCAAAGGUGGUAAAGUUUUAAGUCUUCUACAUGAUAAUGUAAUUAGUUCUAUUGGAGAUGAAAGAAAUCAACAGUUAUGCCUUAAACUUAUGGAAGCGGCUUGUGUACCUUACAUGAAAAUGUUGGGUAUGUGGAUACAUAGUGGAAUAAUUUCGGAUCCAAUUAAUGAAUUUCUUGUUGAAGACUGUGAGAAGAUUCAAAAAGAAGAAAUGCCAGUGGACUAUUCUGCCGAGUAUUGGGAUAGAAAAUAUUCGGUGAGGCGAGAUAGAAUUCCGAAAUUUCUGGAAUCUGUCUCUGAUAUCAUAUUGAAGGCUGGAAAGUAUCUUAAUGUUAUACGGCAAUGUGGAAAACUAGUCAAAACGAAAGCCUAUCCUAUUGAAUACAAAAUUGAAGAAAAACACUACAUUGAGGCAAUCGAAAAAGCGUACAAGUUCGCUAGUCAGACUCUCUUAGACUUAGUUAUAAAAGAGAAAGAUCUCAUAGGAAGGUUAAGAUCCGUUAAGCACUAUUUCUUAUUGGACAAGGGAGAUUUUAUAGUAACGUUCUUGACGUUAUGCGAAAAAGAACUUAAUAAACAACUUGUUGAUGUGGUACAAGGAAGACUGGAGAGUUUAAUGGAUUUGGCUUUACGGCUCUCCAGUGCGGUCAAUGAUCCUUACAAAGAAGAUUUGAAUACUGAAUUGUUGCCGUUUAACUUGCAGUACCAGAUGUUUAAGAUCCUAAGUAUACAAACCAAUUUGGAGAAUGAUUACUGGUCAAAUAUUCAACCGAAAGCACUAUCCGUUAUCGAAUCAUUUUCAUUCAGUUACGAAGUGCGAUGGCCUCUCUCGUUGAUUCUCAACAAAAAAUCCCUGGCUUGUUAUCAAAUGUUGUUCCGACACCUGUUCUACUCCAAGUACGUGGAACGAUUACUAUGCCAAGUGUGGAAGUCUAAUAAAGUUGCCAAAAAGUUCCAUUGUCAGGCGGCGAAACAUUAUAGGGAAGCAUUCGUGCUCAGACAGAAAAUGUUGCAUUGCGUGCAAAAUCUGGAGUAUCACAUGAUGGUGGAAGUGAUUGAGCCGCAUUGGUGUUUGUUUUUACAAAAAAUUAAUAAGGUUCAAAAUGUAGAUGAAAUCUUAGCAUGCCACUGUGAUUUCUUGGAUAAUUGCUUGAAGGACUGUAUGUUGACGAUUCCAGCCAUUUUAAUUACCGUCGUAGAUAUUUUGAAUAUUUGUGUCGAAUUUGCCAAAUUCAUGCAGCGGAUGCAGCGCUAUUUUGUGGAGGCAGAGUUAGGUUCACUGCCAAAUUCUCUAUAUGAAUCGUUUACACAGAACGAAGUGGUGCUGGAAUCUGGCGCAGAGGAUGAGCUGAACAUGAGCUUUAAAGACAGCAUCAUGCAUUACGAUAUACGGUUUUUAAAGGCAAUUGGUACCCUGUUAUCUCAGAUUAACGAUUUGAAUAGAGACACCAGUGAACACGACCGACUGUUUAAUUUGUUGUAUAGUCUCCAGUUGGAUUAUGCCAGUUCUUUCAAUAACAUGUAUAAGAAAAAGCCUCAGUAGCAUUGAACUUUAAUACUUUCUAUACCGGAGGCAACAUUAUCGGCAAUUCGUCGGGAUGAGUUAUAAAAUAAUUUUCCUUAUUGUUUUUUCUGUACAGUUUUAUUUAUAUAUUUUUUUACUUUGAAUAUUUAAAAAAAAAAAGCAUUUUUUGUCAAUAUUUUAUUUGGAAAAGUAUUAGUUUAAUGAGCAUUUGCCAGUCACAUUUAGCUAAUACCGUUAGAAAGAAUUACUGGAACGCAUUCACUUUUUAUGAAUGACUAAAAAAAUUAGAUCUGAAGUUUUGAUGUCGUUUUUUGUGAUUUUAUAGAUAUUAAUAAUGUCUUUUUAUAGUGUUUGUAAAUCAGUUCUGAUUUAUGUUUAGUCGAGAUGUUUAAAUAUAAUGUAAAUUUUGCUUGA